AUGGCAGAGAUCGACCCCGUCGCAGCGACUGAGGUCGAGAGGGUCCUCGCAUCUCUUCAGAAGCACAGCCAGCAGUUCAUCAGUCCGCGGUCCCCUGCAUCUGUCUCGGAUAGCCACACGCUUCUUCACCUGCCCUUGACGCUGCUGAUUGUGGCUUAUGUCGCCUUCAAUGUUGUGUAUCAAGUGGUUCACUACCGCUUCUUCCACCCGCUCGCCAAGUUCCCCGGCUCGUUCUGGGGCAGCGUCACCAGGCUAUGGAUCACCUAUCACAACGUGAAGGAGGAUGAGUGUGCCACAUACCAAGAGUUGCACAAGAAACAUGGUCCCGUCAUCCGCAUCACACCGACGAUGCUCCUCGUCAGCGACGCGACGAAGCUCCCCCAGAUUUACAGCCGCAACGCCAGCAAAUCGAAGCACUACAUCACGGGCAGUUUCGGCAAGGAUGAGUCCCUCUUCAACAUGCAGGACGCCAGCGUCCAUGCGCGCUUCCGCAAGGUCGCCGCUUCGUCGUACAGCUUCAGCCACGUCAAGAAGAUGGAGCCCAUGAUCGAUGACAGAAUCCAGAGCUGGGUUGACAGGCUGGACGACUUGUUUGCGAAGCCCCGCCAGAAGUUCGACUUUGCGCCCUGGGCGGUUUACAUGGCCUACGAUGUCAUUUCCGAGGUCGGGUUCGGCGCGCCGUUUGGCUUUGUGGAGCAGGGGAAGGACGUCGAAGGACUGAUCCAGGGCUUCCACGACGGUCUCGUGCCUUUUGGUAUCAUGGCUCGCUGCUAUCCCUUCACCAACUGGGUCAAAAGCACCUUUUUGGGCAAGUAUCUUGUCGCCAGCCCUGAACAAGACUCGGGAAUCGGCACUCUGAUGCGCUUCCGCGACCGCCUCAUCACCAAGAGAUUCGACGACAUCAAGGCCGGGACGACGGGCGGACGCAUCGAUCUGCUUCAAACAUUUAUCGAGGCGCGCGAUGAGAACGGCGAGCCCCUGACGCUUGACUACAUCAAGGCCGAGAUUCUGCUCGUCCUCCUCGCGGGCGCCGACACCACCGGGACCGCGUUCCAGGCUCUCAUGCUCCACAUCAUGUCCAACAGCGCGGUCUACGACAAGCUCAUGGCCGAGAUAGACGCCGUCACCCGCGACGGGAAGCUUUCGGCCAUGCCCCAGUACGACGAGGUCACCACCCACUGCCCCUACUACAUCGCCUGCGUCAAGGAAAGCAUGCGCCUCAACCCCUCGGCGCCCAACAUCUUCCCCCGCCUCGCCCCAAAGGGCGGCAUGGAGCUCGCCGGCCAGUUUGUGCCCGAGGGCACAGAGGUCACAUGCAACCCCUGGCUCGUCCACCGAGACCCCAACAUCUACGGGGCCGAUGCCGAGGUGUUCCGCCCCGAGAGGUGGUUGGACGCCGAGAAGGCGAAGGAGUAUCAAAAGUACAGCAUGGGGUUCGGGUACGGCGCCCGCAUCUGCCUCGGACAGGAAAUUGCCAAGAUGGAGCUCUACAAGGCACCGCUGCAGUUCUUCCGCACGUUCAAGCCGGAAAUCUUAAACAAGGAGAACCCGGCAAAGUAUUUGGUCAAGGGCGGCGUCAGUUACUUUGAAGACAUGUGGGUGAACAUUGAGCGUCGGGCAUCGGUCGUUUGA